AAUAGAGAUUUCGAAGCAAAACGCAAGAGAUCUACGAAAUCCUUACCCUAACUUUACCAAACACCCAUCGCGAUUACCUUUUUUUCGUCGAUCCCUUGACAGUGGCGUUAGAGCUAGCCCCAGACCCCUAAAACGACUACAACGUCCCUGAACAACUGGAUUUGUAAACCCGAUCUUCCUUCUUGGCGGUAAGAACUUGCAACUAAUCAAGACCUUCGAAGUCUCCUUGCAACACAAAAGAAAACACACCCCAACUCAAGGAGCGGCCGCCGGAGAAGAUGGUUUUAUACCCUGAGGAACCCUGGUCGAAACCCUUACUUGAAAGAGGAGAAAGCUUGUUGGAACUGGAACCACCCACACGAGAGAAGCGACGGUUAGAAAAACUCAAUUAACGAAAGGGGGUUUCUCACUGGAGCUCUGAAUCCCUGGUGAGGCCCUAGGUUUUCGGUGGGAAACUAUGUUGAGGAGAGAGAAGAGAAGUUUUGGGUUUUUUUACACGAUUGUAAGUUGAUCUAUUGAAUAAUACAUAGUUAUGUAGGUAAUAAUAAUAAUUAGUACUACAAUAGUAAUGUAUUUCUUAAAUUUGUACUACUUAUUAUUUUAAAUUUACAUACAUGUAUUAUUUUACCGAAAAAAGAUUUACUUCAUUUUAUACAUCAUAAUUGCAAAAUAAUUCUACUCUGAUCAGUAAUGUUUUGUCUUUCUAACCAUCUGAGACUAACAUAAACACUUUUUAUUUGAAGUAGAUUCAACUAUUAUUUUGUAAUAGGGUUGUAUACAAGAAGCUUAAAUAAUAGGUGAAUUAAAACAUUAAAUACACCCAUCGACACGUGAUUAAAGUUGUUGGAAUGAGAGCGACUAAUUUAAGAGGGGCAUAGUUCUAGCGACAACCAAAGUUGGAGAAUUUUCUUAGAUAUUUUCUUAGGCUAGUUAUGAUUAAAGUUGUUGGAACAGAGUGACUAAUUGAAGAGGGGCAUAGCUUCCAGCGACAACCAAAGUUGGAGAAUUUUCUUAGAUAUUUUCUUAGGCUAGUUAUUAUAAAUUUUUGUCAACUUUUGUCAAAUCGAUCAUGUCAAACUUUUGUUUAGUCAUGAAAAUAUGCUGAGUUGUUAGCCACUUGUGCUAAUCAUCGUGGUAUAAGACUAUAAGCUAAGCAUGCAUCAAAAGCAGUAUUUGUUCAAUUGAUGACUGGCAAUUAUAUAUCGCGUCUCCAUUGGUUGAGACUUCAUUAUUUCUCGUUUAAACAAACACAUACAUUUUUCAAAGAAAACACACAGUACACAUAUUGGGGUUGUUUUGCUGCUCGUCAUCGACCAAAUCGAUGGAAUUUGUGAUGAAUUUCUCCCAAAACGAAACAUGAGAGAGAGAAUCGAAGUUCCGAGGGUAAAUAUAAUGGGCAAGAAGCGCGAAUCAACCAAAAGGUCGAGGAUGAAGAUGCAGUAGCAUUUGGAUUAGCAUUUAGAAAUUUGGAUUCACGAAUUGAAGCAUGGAUAUGCAAAUAGAGAAAGGUCAAUCUGUAGUUACAACUCGGCUAUAUGAUGCAGCUCUUCUAGGAGACGUACCAUUUUUACUCGACUUGCUUAAAGAAGAUCCAGUUAUCCUCGAAAGAUGUAUCAUUGAAAAAUCAAGCAACAUCAAGCAGUCUCCAUUACAUGUUGCCGUUGCAAUGGGACAUCUUGAGUUCGUAGUUGAACUUUUACGCCGAAAACCAAAGCUAGAUGAGAUGAUUGAUAACUUAAAGGGAUCUUCACCACUACACAUUGCCUCAGCAAAAGGGCACUUGCAAAUUAUUGAAACCUUAAUCGAUGCAAAACCUAAUAUGUGCUUUGCACGCGAUCAAGAGGGAAGAACUCCUAUUUUUGUUGCUGCUGUGUACGGUCAAAUUGAUGCACUUGGACUGCUUCAUCGGGCAAACCCUUACGCAGCGCAAGGGCGGACCAACGAUGGUGAAACUAUAUUACAUUUGUGUGUCAUAUAUAACCAGCUCAAGGCUUUGGAGCGUUUGUUAGAGAUGGUAGAUUAUGAUGGAAAUCAGUUGAUUAACUCUAGGGACAAUGAUGGCAAUACUGUCCUACACCUUGCAGUGAUUGGCAAACAUUCCGAGAUGGUAGAAUUUUUUUCUGGAUACCCAGGGCUAAACAAAAGUGCUAUGAACAAAAAUAAAAUGACAGCCUUAGAUAUUAUCGGCAAAAAGCAAAAUUGGAAGAAUUCUGAAAAUAGGAAUGUUGAGCAAUAUCUGAAGCGUGCCAAGGCAAGACCAGCAAAGGAAGUACUGAAGCACCAAGCGGAUGGUACUUGGUUGGAGGAGCAACGAACCUCGUUAAUGGUGGUGGCAUCCUUGAUAGCAACCAUGGCUUUCCAAGUCGGAAUUAAUCCUCCAGGAGGCGUUUGGCAGGACACAAAUGUAGUAAAAAAUAAAAAUGGCAAUAUAGUCGUACAAGAAGAUGGCUCUAACGACUCUACCCACUAUGCUGGUACCUCUAUAUUGUCAUAUACAAAUGAAGCUUAUUCGAUAAUUAAUUUUUCAUCAUGGUAUACUCAGUUACUAAUUAGUAACACAAUAGGACUAAUAUCGUCACUAGGUGUCAUUCUUCUCCUUAUAAGCGGAUUUCCGUGUAGGCGACAUUUCUUGUUGAUUUUGAGAAUAGCUUUGUGGAUUGCUGUGGCUGCGACGACAUAUACUUACUACUUAGCUAUUACCAUUCUUACUUAUGUUAAAGCAGAUAAUGAUGGCAUGUAUAUUUCGACUUGGUUUUCUCUCGCUGCUUGUGUAGGGUUGAUAGGAAUCAUGCUCUUUGCUCAUUUUGUGCGAUUCAUACUUAAGUUGAUUGCUUGGGAAAGGAGGCAGUCACUUAAAAGUUUUUGCAAGAUGUGUUUUCCAAGCACUGCUCAUAACUCAAGUUCUAGCAACCAUGUUAGCAUGGAUAUACAAAUAGAGAAAGGCCAAUCAAUAGUUGCAAUGGGACAUCUUGAGUUCGUACUUGAACUUUUACGUCGAGAGCCAAACCUAGAAGAGACAAUUGACCAAUCAAAAAGAUCGUCACCAUUACACAUUGCCUCAUUAAAAGGGCACUUGAAGAUAAUUGAAGCCCUAAUUGUUGCGAAACCUAAUAUGUGCUUUGCGCACGAUCAAGAGGGAAGAACUCCUAUUUUUAUUGCUGCCGUGACCGGUCAAAUUGAGGCACUUGAGCUGCUUCAUCGGGCAAAUCCUUAUGCAACUCAAGGACGGACCAAUGAUGGUGAAUCUAUAUUACAUUUGUGCGUCAAACAUAACCAACUGAAGUCUUUGCAGCGUUUGUUAGAGCUAGUAGAUGAUGAUGGAAAUCAGUUGAUCAACUUUAGGGACAAUGAUGGCAAUACUAUCUUACACCUUGCAUGCAAUGAUUGGUAAACAUUUCGAGAUGGUAGAAUUUUUAGCGCAAUGCCAAGGAUUAAACAAAAAUGCUAUGAACACAAACAAGAUGACCGUUGUAGACAUAUAUAGAGAGCAAAAUCGGAAUAAUAUUAAAAAUUGGAAUGUUGAGCAAUACUUGAAGCGUGCCAAGGCAAGACCAGCAAAAGAGGUACUAAAGCGCCUAGCGGAUGGUACUUGGUUAGAGGAGCAACGAACGUCGUAUAUGGUGGUGGCAUCUUUAACAGCAACCAUGGCCUUUCAAGUUGGAGUUAAUCCUCCCGGAGACGUUUGGCAAGAUUCAAAAACAGUAAUAAAAAAAGAGACAGGAGAUAAUUUUUACCACAUUGCAGGUACUUCUAUAAUGUCAUAUUAUAAUAGUAAAGAAUAUAACAAUUUACUAAUCAGUAACACAAUAGGACUAAUAUCAUCUCUAAGUGUCAUUCUUCUCCUUAUAAGCGGUUUUCCAUGUAAGCGAUAUUUCUUGGUGAUUUUGAGGACAACUUUGUGGAUCGCUGUGACUGCAACAUCAUUUACUUACUACCUCGCGGUUUAUGCUCUCAUUUAUGAGGGAAACCAAGGAGUUUGGACAUCGUUGUCGUUUUAUCUCAUAGCUUGGCAAGGGUUGAUGGGAUCCAUGCUCCUCGGACAUUUUGUGCGAUUCAUACUAAAGUUGGUUGGUUGGCAAAGGAGGCAGGCUCUUUAAAUUUUUUGUAAGAGGUGUUUU